AUGGCUACGAUAUGUUACUGUACGUAUACGUUAUGCCAAGGAUUAAUUAUCCCGGUAAUGGGAAUAUCGACUGGAAAGUUAGGACGAUUAAACCGUUUAGCUACUAAGAAAAACAAUGUAAACUUUAAAAUACCUAACUUUGCAACCACUCACUAUGAAGGUGCAUUUGUAAUUACCGCUAUACGUCUGUGGCAAGAACUUCCGUCUGAUAUUAAUAACAGCAAAUUAAUAUUUUAUCUGCACAGCUUUUGCGAAACUUAUCUCGAUAUAAUCUCCGAUAUUAAAGCACACACGUCAUAUACUUGGAUCCAACAAGAUGGCCACUGCGAAACAGCUGUAAAGGUCCAUAACCUCAAAACUUAA